AUGGCAAUGAAAGAACAGUUUGAGUACCACAGCAACCCAGGCCAUGUCAUCUUCGGUCGCGGUACAAUUGCAAAAGUCCCUGAUGAGAUAUCGCGCCUCGGUGUCUCUCGUCCUCUCGUUUUGGCCGCCAAGCGGCACCAUCGGCAAGUUGAAGCACUAACGUUGGCACUGGGCGGAAAGGGUGCAGGCGUCUUCCACGAGGCCACAAUGCACACACCAGUUCAUAUCACCGAGAAAGCGUUAGCGUAUGCCAAAGGCAAUAACGCCGACUCGAUCAUAACCAUCGGAGGAGGCAGCGCCAUUGGGCUCGGCAAAGCACUUAGUAAUCGAACAAGCUGGCCUCAUAUCGCAAUUCCAACGACUUAUUCAGGAAGCGAGAUGACCCCUCUUCUCGGGGAAUUAGCAAACGGAAAGAAGACAGGGACGACGGCACCGAGAAUAUUACCAGGGACGGUGGUUUAUGACGUUGAUUUGACACUCACGCUUCCACCGUCGGUGAGUGUCAUAAGCGGGUUUAACGCAAUGGCUCACGCUGUGGAGGCUCUCUAUGCGCGUCAAGCAAAUCCUAUAACAUCUCACCUAGCUCAGGAGGGCAUCAGGGCCCUCGUCACAGCCCUACCUUCCAUCGCUGUCGACCCGAAUGCACUAUCCGCCCGCAGUCUCGCACUAUAUGGAGCUUUUCUCUCGGGAACUUGCCUCGGCUCCGUAGACAUGUCUCUCCACCACAAGAUCUGUCACGUCUUGGGCGGCAACUUUAACCUGCCUCACGGAGAGCUCCACACCCUCGUCCUCCCGCACGCGCUCGCAUAUAACGCACCGAAGAUCUCGAACGUUCUUCGUAUUCUAGCGGAUAUCCUUCCAGAAAAUAAAGAAACUGGCGGAGACGCCAUUCAGAGCCUGAACGUGUUCAUGGCGCAACUACCGAUACCACGAGGUGGAAUGCAGGAAUUCGGAAUGAGAGAGGAGCACAUCGACGUUGCAGCCGAGCUGGUAGUCAGUCAGCCGUACUGGAAUCCGAGGCAGGUCGAGCAGGAAGGCGUGCAAGAACUAAUCCGGAGAGUUUGGGCUGGCGAAGAGGCCAGAGCUGACCUGUAG